ACUAAAGUAAUGGGAGCAAAUUGUAAAAUUUAGUUUCCCUCUCUAUGGAUUAAUUUAUAGUAGUCACAUAAGUUUUUUCGAGUUGCUAACUAAUGUCUUUUUAUUCCAAGCAGGACUAUAAUAUGGAUUUAGAGCUCAAGGAUUAUUAUAACAAGACACUUGCCACAGAGAACAAUACUGCUGCCACUCGCAAUGCUGAUUUCCCAGUCUGGGAUGACUAUAAAAGCAGUGUAGAUGACUUGCAGUAUUUUCUGAUUGGACUCUAUACAUUUGUAAGUCUUCUUGGUUUUAUGGGAAAUCUACUCAUUUUAAUGGCUGUGAUGAGAAAACGUAAUCAGAAGACUACGGUAAACUUCCUCAUAGGAAAUCUGGCCUUCUCUGAUAUCUUGGUUGUGCUGUUUUGCUCACCUUUCACGCUGACCUCUGUCUUGCUGGAUCAGUGGAUGUUUGGCAAAGUCAUGUGUCAUAUUAUGCCUUUCCUUCAAUGUGUGUCAGUUCUCGUUUCAACUUUAAUUUUAAUAUCAAUUGCCAUUGUCAGGUAUCAUAUGAUAAAACAUCCUAUAUCUAACAAUUUAACAGCAAACCAUGGCUACUUCCUGAUAGCUACCGUCUGGACACUGGGUUUUGCAAUUUGCUCUCCCCUUCCAGUGUUUCACAGUCUUGUGGAACUUCAGGAAACAUUUGGCUCAACGUUGCUGAGCAGCAGGUAUUUGUGUGUUGAGUCGUGGCCAUCUGAUUCAUACAGAAUUGCCUUUACUAUCUCUUUAUUGCUAGUUCAGUAUAUUCUGCCUUUAGUUUGUCUAACUGUAAGUCAUACCAGUGUCUGCAGGAGUAUAAGCUGUGGAUUGUCCAAGAAAGAAAACAAACUGGAAGAAAAUGAGAUGAUCAACUUAACUCUUCAUCCAUCCAAAAAGAGGGGGCCUCGGGAGAAACUCUCUAACAGCAAGAAAUGGAGUUAUUCAUUCAUCAGAAAACACAGAAGAAGAUACAGCAAGAAGACAGCAUGCGUGUUACCUGCUCCAGCAAGACCUCUUCAAGAGAAUCCUUCAAGAACGCUUCCAGAAAACUUUGGCUCUGUGAAAAGUCAGCUCUCUUCAUCCAGUAAGUUCAUACCAGGGGUCCCCACCUGCUUUGAAAUGAAACCUGAAGAAAAUUCAGAUGUUCAUGAAGUGAGAAUAAACCGUUCUAUCAUGAGAAUAAAAAAGAGAUCUCGAAGUGUUUUCUACAGACUGACUAUAUUGAUACUAGUGUUUGCUGUUAGCUGGAUGCCAUUACACCUUUUCCAUGUGGUAACUGAUUUUAAUGAUAACCUUAUUUCAAAUAGGCAUUUCAAGUUGGUGUAUUGCAUUUGUCAUUUGUUAGGCAUGAUGUCCUGUUGUCUUAAUCCAAUUCUAUAUGGAUUUCUUAAUAAUGGGAUCAAAGCUGAUUUAAUGUCCCUUAUACACUGUCUUCAUAUGUCAUAAUUCUCACUGUUUACCAAGGAAAGAACAAAUGGAAUCAUUUAAAAUACAUUCACAAUAACUAUGUAUGUAUAAUAAACAAAUUUUGUUAACAUAUGGAAUUUAAUUUAUAUAAGAGUUCUGGAUUUGAAUGUCAGUUCAUAAUAUAUGGAAGAUAAUUUUAAUGUGUUAUAAAGAAUUCAUUUGGUUGUAUUAAGUCAAUGUCAAUCCAAUCUGUAAUGUUAAUUUUAAAAGUAGUUAUAUUACCUUUCACCUUGUCUUAUAAACAAAUGAAUUGUAUUUUUUUGGUCUAAAAUAAAAACUAUAUCUAAC